AACUAGAGAAAGCCCGCGCGCAGCAAUGAAGCAGCCAAAAAUAAUACAUAAAUAUUAUUUAUUUAUUAAAUAAAUAAAUAAUAAAAAGAAACUCAGGGUGGCAUCAGCACAACUUACAGAUGAGUCCAGGGCGGGGUCCUGGGCAAAUGGGGGGUUGGUCCAAUGGAGAGUUCGUGGAGGUCUGGGUGAGGGUGGCCUUGAAAGCCCCACUAGAAGUGGCUUAAUUCACUGAGUAAUGGAGUUUGCCAGAGAAGAAGGGACCCUCACCUGUUCUAGGUUCAGAGGCCCUCAGCCUGUGCCCACCACCUGGCCCUGUUGCUGGCAGCUGAGAGCCCUGGAGGGUAGUGAGUGGAGAGAGGCAGCAUCUCCCUCUCUUUCUCUAUCUUACACUCUCUGUGACCUUGGGCAAGUAACCUUGCCUCUCUGUGCCUCAGUGUCUCCCAUCUGUAAAAUGGGGUUGUGUACCUACUACGCAGGUUGCUGUGAGGAUUACAUGAGUUAACGUACAUUUUUGGAAUGGUGCUUGGCACAUGGGAGUACCUGACAGGCUUCCACAAGCGGAAGGUGGAGCGGAAGAAGGCAGCCAUUGAGGAGAUCAAGAAGCGGCUCAAGGAGGAGCAGAAGAAGCUCCGGGAGGAGCGCCACCAGGAAUACUUGAAGAUGCUGGCAGAGAGAGAGGAGGCGCUGGAGGAGGCAGACGAACUGGACCGGCUGGUGACAGCAAAGACAGAGCCGGUGCAGUACGACCACCUCAACCACACGGUCACCGUGACCACCAUCAGCAACCUGGACUUCUCAGCGGCCCGGCUGCUCGGACUGCCCCCGCCUGAGCAAGGGGCCGGGCACAGGUCUGAGGAGGGGGCGUCAUCCGCAGAGAAGCCGACCAGAGCCUUACGCAGGAAGUCCAGAGACCCUCUGCUGUCCCAGCGGAUCUCCUCUCUCACGGCCUCGCUGCACGCGCACAGGCGCAAGAAGGUCAAGAGGAAACAUCCCAGCCGGGCCCAGGACUCCACCAAGAAGCCCCCAAGCGCCACUCGUACCAGUAAGACCCAGCGCCGCCGGCUAACAGGCCAAGCCCGGCACAGCGGGGAGUGAGCCCUGAGACCCAGGCCGUGCCCCAGCCUCGGCUGCAAGGACCUGUCCUGUCCCAGCUUGGCUGUCCCGUAAGCCAGCCUGCACCCAGGCGCUGACUCCCCAGCCCAAACUUGGGAGGCCAGCACCUCUCCGGCCUGGGGCUUAGACUCCAGCCAACACAGGUGGCUGAGAGCUGGCCUCCGCCAGGGGGAGCCUCCAGGGCCACAUUUGGGGCAUCUUCCCAAAUGUAUACCCCACCGAACCUUGAUUACAUUUGUGAAAGUAAGCGCACGUGUGGACGGUUUGUCCCUGGCCCCCAUGCCGCAUGCCGAGGGUAGGCGUUUGGGGUGGAGGGAGCUGCUGGGGUGUGGGUCAUCCUCACUGUCCAGCAGUCCUCCCUGUGGGCACGAAACGCUAGCGCUAGGCCCGGGCCCCCAACCCGGGUGAAGGCUGGCGCCACCACUGCUAGAGGCCAGGGCCUCCCUGCGGCUCUGGGACCCGGGCCGGUGGCUGAGCAGAGCUGGGCUCUGCCUUUUCCUGGCUGGGACCUUUUGCCUCUUCCUUCUCCUUGGCCCUGUUGGCCUCCUUAGCUGACGUUGAAGGGGUGGAGACGGGGAAGUCCCGGAGUAUUCCUCACCCCCCCAAACUUGGGCAGCUGCCCCAGGCUUCCAGCAGCUCCCAGACAGAGCCCCACAAAGAAGGAGCAAUUAGUCCCUUGUAAAGAAAAUACACCUCCACUCGCCUGAAAGCCUGGCCCUUUCAGAGCAGGCCCCUCAUGAGGCCGGCUGGUGCUCGGUGAGGCCUGCUGCUUUUUCACACUUCUUCCAGGGAGACCUUCAGGUGCGGCUUCAGAGCCGAUGGAAACCAGCCUGUUAGUGACCCACGUCACUCACACUCCCCGCUCUUCUCCUGACCGAGCUGGGCUGGUGGCAGAAUCCAGGUCUAGCUGCCUCAGGUGGAUGUGGUGCCGGUGAGGACAGCUGGAGCAUCUGUUCUGGAGACUGUCAGACCCCACUUGCGCUGACUGGUUCCUGUGACUCUGGGCCAGGGCACAGGAAUUUCAGGUUGCACCCUGAUUAGUGGAGCUGUGUCGGGCCCUGACACUAGGACUGCAAAGGCGAGACACAUGAGCUCUAGGUCCCUGUGCGGCUGAUGGACUAGUGAGUGUGUGUGAGGGGAGCGCAGGUUCUGCUCAGCCGUGGGGCGUGGGGGCUCCUGGAGGAGGGGAGCAGGGAUCGGGUGUCCGCAGAGCCGGCCUUCCCCUCCACUCACCCCGUGGCGGGGCUGCCAGGAGCAGCCCUGGCCCUGCACUGGGCAGGCGUUCUCCCCUGUCACCAUCAGCCCGCCGUCUGGUGCUGGCUGCUGCGGGUCUGAAGGCCACACCUGGCCAUGGGAAUGUGAAGCUCAGGGCUUGUGGCUGGGAGGCCCGGUCACCUGGUUUCUUGGCUCCUUCCACCUGCUCUCCCUGCUGCCUUCCUGUUGUCCUCCCCGUGCUUGGGGUGGGGCGACUUGCCCCAUUCGGCUGCCUCUAUCCAGGGCAGAGGGCAGAGCUUGUACAAGCUGUCCAGGUGGUUCUGGUACUUGCCCCGGGGCAGUGAGUCUCUCCCUCACAGCCCCUUGUGAUCAGGAGCAGAGAUGAGCCCGGGGAAUUCGCACACACAGCCGGGCUGGGGUUUGAGUCCUGGCUCAGCCGCUGGCCCACUGUGUGAGCUCCUCACUGCUGACUUCACUGGGACUGUUUCCCCACGUGUGAGAUGUCAUAAGACACCUAUCUCGCAGGCCUGCCUGGAGGCUGAAGGGAGACCACGUGCAUGAACCUCUUCCCACGGCUGACUUUCCCAGGUUUGUCUUCCGUGUGUGCGUGGCUGCCGCUGAGACACCAUGCCGGGCUCUCCUCCACCCCCAAUGACAUAGGAUGUUUUACAACUUACACCUACAUUUGUAAUGUUUACUAGUAUUAAGUUCUCAUCCACUUUCUCCCACGUGUGCCCUCGGAAACCAGCAGACCAAGGAAAUUGAAUCAUGGUAAUUUUUGCCAGUCCUAAGAUUGAAAGUGAUAGAGUCAGAACUCUCUGGAGAACUUGUCUUUUCUCUCCAUGUUCUACCUGGAUUCUUCCUGUCACUCCCCAUCCUGUGGGCCCUGUGGUUUGGGACCUCUAGGAGGUUAAUCAGGAAAGAUUAGAUUUAGCUACAUGUAAUAUGAAACAAGAUUUUAAAAUAACUGGCUUAUGUAAGCGAGGAAUUCUCAGGUUAACAAAGAUGGAAGGUAGCUAGCCUGGAGUGGAGAUGGCAGGCUUUUAGCUUUUUGUUUUGUGCCAUUUUCAACACAUGGGUUCCACCUCGUGGUCCGGGAUGAAGGUCAGGGCCCUCCUUUUAGGAACACUUGAUGCUUGUGCUAUUAGACAGGAGGCAAAGGCUUAGGGCAGGAGGAAGAGGGAGCUCCCAGUUGCAGGGAAGGCUGGGGUCCGUGGUCUGUUCUGGAAAACCGUGUACCCACUAAGAAUUGGGGAUUGCGUUACUAACGGGAGAAUUGGUAUUGGGGUGCAAGCAGCAGAUUCUCACACAGGAGCCAAAUAUGUAAAGGGCUGUCCAGAGGGGAUCCAACUGUGGAACUAAAGCCAUAGCAGACACUCAUCCAGAUGUUCCUGUUACCGCACUGAACUUCCCAGAUGGGUCAGGCCUAUGCUAGUAAAACAAGGAGCAAUGGCCAUGGUUACUGGGAGCCAGGCCUCUGCUCAGUAGAGGAAAGAACUCUCCUAGUAGGAUCCAUUUUGGGGUGGCCUGAUUCUCCCCCGGGGGCUGAGGUGAGCAGGCCGGGUGGAGCUGCCCGCCAGCGCCUGAAGCUGAGGAGGGGAGGGAUUUGAUGUUAAGCCUCAGCUUCCUUCCUCUCCAAAAACCCCUUGACCUUGAUGUUCCCUAGACUUGAGCUGUUGCCCUCCCUUUAGCUGUGUGGAGGACUCUGGGGAGGGGUUCCCAAUUCAUCCUGAGCUUGGAGGGCUCACUGCCUGCUCUUUUGUGAGCAGGUCCAUCUUAGAAAAGCCCUCCUGGGACUUCGUUGUUGGUCCAGUGGUGGUUAGGACUCCGUGCUCCCAAUGCAGGAGGCCUGGUUCGAUCCCUGGUCGGGGAAAUAGAUCCUGAAUGCUGCAACAAAACUAACAGAUCCCACUUGCCACAACUAAGACCCGGCACGGCCAAAUAAAUAGUUAUUAAAGAAAAAGAAAAAAGAAAAGCCGUCCUGUUCUGAGCAAAUAUCUGCCUCCUCCAGAUGCCAGAGAAGCCCUUUAGGUGUUUGCACUCUGCCCUCCGCCUUUCUCACCUCGGCUCUGAGCUGCCUCCUCUGGGAAGCCUUCCCUGAUACCUGGCAAUCAGUCAUUUCUCCAUCUGGGCUCCCGGGAUACUUUGCGUUUCUUUCUUUUAAACACUGAACGUAUUAUAACCUGGUUACCUCUUUCCCCCCAGCCAGGCCCUGAGCUUUCUGAAUGGGAAGUUGUGUCGGUCAUUUCUGUGUUUCUGCUCUUGAAACAAGACCUGAAUCGCUGUAGGUUUUUGGCCAGUCCUGGCUGGAUUACACUGGACCCAUUCCCCCUCCUCACAGGUGUUCCCACGUAACCCUUGAAAUAAUCUUUUUGAGAUUUUCUUGGCCCUAGUGCCAUUCUUUCCUGUCUGCAAGUUUCCGAAUCUAGUUUUUUCUCCUGAUCGCCACAACCAUCUCCCGUGGGCCCUUGCUGAAACCUUCCCUGUCCAGUGAGCUUUGCCCUCUCCCUUCCCCCUUAGCCAUAAUGAUUGGCAAAUAACCAAAAGAAGGAGGAUGGAAAACAAAUUUACCAAGCACCUCCAAUGUGCCAGUGAUGACAUUAACUCAACAACAGCACUGUGAAGUGGGUACUAGCUCCAUUCGACAGUUGAGAAAACUGAGUCUCAGGUUAAGUUACAUCAAAAGUUACCCCGUUACAGAUAAUAAGACAUGAUCCUCAGGUCUCAUGAGGGAGACAGACACAUAGAGAUCACCCUGGAGGUCGGUUCAAUAAAGUAUAGGCCCAGGGGCCACAGAACAGAGAGGAGGCAACAUUGAAAGGAAUCUUGGAAGAUGGCUUGGCCAGGUGGAUGGGAGAGGGGAUGGGCAGGCCGAGAGCCCUUGGUGAGCAAAGGUGGGGGAGGGGUGGUCAGAGGAGAGGAGAAAGCUGCAGAGGCCGGCAGGGACCAGACCCUUAAGGGCCUCAGAUACUGAGCUAAGGAUCUGGACCCUUAUCUUGGGGCAGCGGGAGCCUCCGAUGUGGGAGUGGGGGUUGAGCCUGGGGAGAGUCAGAGUCAGGGAUUCAUUUGAGAGAAAUCUCCCUGGUGGCAGCGUCAGGGUGCACCAGGGGGACUGGAAGCUCCAAGACCCUCCAGCAAUAAUCCAGGGGAGGGGUGGGUAGACCCUCCUCUCCUGCAGGCACCACGUGCUCUCUCACCAAGUGUUUACUGAGCACCGGUAGGGAAGUGCUUAGUAAAGCACCAGUAUUGGGUGGUUAGCACUGGGGAUACACUGGUGAGCAAGACAGGGUGGUCCGUGCCCUCCAGGGACUUACAGUCCCUGAGCUGUUUCUAUAGGGACAGAGAGGAGGAGAGAUGAUAACAUUUUCUGAGCACUCGCUGUAUACCAGUCACUCUUUACCUGGUUCAACUCACUGAGUUCUCACCAUAACCCCACAGGGUAGGGAAUUCCAUUAAGCCCAUUUUGCAGGUGAGGCACAUUGAGAUGCCCCCCAACCCUACCCUGAUGUCCUCCAGGACACUGUUUUAGCUGAGUUCUAACUGCUCACUGUCUCUCAGUUGGAGCUGGGAUUUAAGCUGAGAGUCAUCUCUGGCUGGGCACAUGUACAUCUCCAGGGAAGGAUCAAGAAGGUAGAUAUACCCAAGCCAUGGGUCCUUCCGCAAAGAAAUAAGUCACACCCUAGAUACCUACAUUAACACUGCCGGACUAGCUGAACAAACCCAAAGAAACGGGAGGCGGAGAUCCAGGAUCUUACCUCCAGGGGGCGCCACUCACGUGGUCGACAAUGUGAAAGACACCCCAGGAACAACGGGAGUCUUGCACAGGAGCCCGGCAGAGUGAGCCCUCACUUAAGGCUGGGGAAGCCAGGGAGGGCUUCCUGGAGGGGGUGGGCAUUUAAGCCAUAACUAAAGGAUGAAAAUCUGUGAUUUACCAUUUCAGAGACACUGCAUAAAAGAGAAGUCCUGAGGAUUAGUUUGAUUUGACUCACAUAAUGUUUAAAAACAAUUUGACUUAGCCAUAUUUAAAAUUUUUUGAGGUUUUAUAUAAAAGUUCAGAUUUCCAGCUUCAGCUUCUGCAGGCUUUGGAUCACCACUUUACAGGGUAGGUAGCUUUGGGCUGGAGCCAGCCCUGACGACUGCUUUAGAGACUCAUACCUUCCAGCCCCUGCUCCACUGGGUCACAGCCCCCUGCAUCGCUGCCUUGCCUGCCCAGACCAUGUGACACUCCAACAGGCCUGUGAGCCCUGAGGCCUGGGAUGACCCUUCCCGCUUGAUCAGUGAGGAAACUGAGGCUCAGGGGGGUAGAGUGGGAUUAGAACUGUCACUUACUGUUCUGCUUCCCCAAAUCUCUGAAGAGGUAUGUCUGCGCCGAGGGGAAGGGCGUGAGCCAAGGGGUGGAGGUGAGCAGGCACAGACUCUUCAGGGAGCAGAAAGGGGAAUGGGAGGCUGGGGCUAAAUGGUGACAAGUGGGACGCUGCCCUGGCUGUCACCAUUAUGCCCUGAGCCAUCCCACAGAACUCAAGAGUGUGUUUUCAGACCAGGCACUGUCAUCGAGGGUCUGGGUGGCUUUGGGCAACUUGCUUGAGUCUUGAGUUUCCCAUCUGUACAAUGGGGUUGUAGCUGCCCUUCCCAUCACAGGGAUGAAAGCACCACUGUCCCCCACAGGAGGGUGCUCCCUCCAACAGACCCCUUCACUCGUCCCAACACACCCUUGGCUCACCGGCCCCCUUCAGGACCCUGGCUGCUGCCCAACCCCGAUCCCCCCACCGCAACUGUUUUCCCUGCCCUGGAGGAAUGCAACCAGGUAGCUCCAGAGCUGCAGAGAGCACUCAGGACAGCCCACCAAUCCCACCCACUGACUCUCCCCCUCACCUCCUUAUUCUUUCCCCUCCAGCCUCACUGCUUCUUUCCCCUCAGCCUGAAAUGCUUUUCCCAGGACCUGCAGGCUCACUGCCACGUCUUCUCCAGGUUUUUGCUCAAAGGUCGCCAUCUCAGAGACGCCAACGCCGACCACCUUAUUUAUUUAUUUUUUAAUGUUUAACAUUUUCUAAAUUUAUUUUUGGCUUUUUGUAAUGUUAAGUAAGAAAUAGAGCCAUUGGAAUUGUUUUAUUGACUAAAUAUAUAUGUGUAUAUAUAUGAGAUCCAGCUGUAAAUACUUCCUGACCACCUUAUUUAAAAAGUAAUGCUCUUGGGCUUCCCUGGUGGCGCAGUGGUUGAGUCCGCCUGCCGAUGUAGGGCACAUGGGUUUGUGCCCCGGU